AUGUUCAAGUACGAAUAUCGAUUAAUGGACCAGAGUCGGAAACUCGGGACGCGUGUCAGGAACUCAAACAAAGUCAAGAUACAUAAAUACAUCCUCCUAGACCCCUCAUUCGACCUCAACGAGGACAAGAUAAUGAUCAUCGGAAAAAUUGACCUGCUGCACAUGGCACUGUACACCUUAGGAGUCAGUCAAUUCAUACUAUCUACUCCAAUCGAAGGCUUUGGUACGAUUAUUGCUUGCUUCCCUCUCGAACAUUUCCAUUCUCUCCUUCUGCUUGACUCAUUUGUUUCGAGAUUUUGA